UUUAGAAAAACAUUAAUAUUUAAAAUUAGUAACUUAAAAAAUACUUUAACUGAUUACGUUUUCAUCAGUCCAUUGUUUGUUUUUGGUAGUAAUAUGUCACAUGUAACCGAUGUGAAAUUUCUUGUUACUAGGUUAUUUUCAUUGAAAAAUAGCUUCCAAGCACCAAAGUGGAACAUUAGAAAAUUCAGUCAAGAUGGAGAUAAGUUAUCACAGAUUAAGGGCAGUGUUACACCAUUACCUCCACUCUCAGAAGCUAUGCUUAAUCUACCUCCGGUCAAAUAUUCUCUGGCUAAAUCUGAAGAGACCAUCACUGAAGUCACAACUCUUAGUAAUGGCUUAAGAGUUGCUUCAGAGAAAAAAUUUGGACAGUUCUGUACUGCUGGUGUUGUUAUUGACUCUGGCCCUAGAUAUGAAGUGGCUUAUCCCAAUGGAAUUUGUCAUUUUCUCGAGAAACUAAGCUUUGGGGCAACCCAUAAAUUUGCAACACGCGAUGUAAUGCUUCGUGAAUUGGAGCGUCACGGUGGUAUAUGUGAUUGCCAAGGCUCACGUGACACAACAGUGUAUGCUACUAGUGCAGAUUCAAGAGGAUUGGAAGCUGUUACUCAGGUUUUAGCAGAAGUAACAUUAAGACCAAUAUUAUCAGCUGAUGAGAUUGAAGCAGCUAGGCAGGCAGUGGCGUUUGAGUUGGAGACUCUCUCAAUGAGACCCGAACAAGAAACUAUUCUUAUGGAUAUGAUUCAUUCGGCUGCAUAUAAAGGGAACACUUUAGGUCUACCAAAGAUAUGUCCACAAGAAAACGUGAACAAAAUUGACAAAGGAAUUAUAUUGAACUAUCUAAAGAAUCACUACACUCCAGACAGAAUGGUUGUAGCUGCUGUUGGGGUGGAUCACGAGCCCUUUGUUGAAUUCGUACAGAAAUAUUUUGUUGAUAUCAAACCUACUUGGUAUACAGAUGGAGACGAAUCGUUCGUUCCAAAAGUUGACAAAUCUAUUUCGCAAUACACCGGUGGAAUUGAGCAGGAAGAGUGCGAAAUACCUUUGUACCCAGGAUCGGAUUUACCAGAACUAUCACACAUUGUAAUUGGAUUAGAAAGUUGUUCUCAUGGUGACCCAGAUUUCGUUGCAACAUGCGUUUUGAAUAUGAUGAUGGGUGGUGGUGGAUCGUUCUCGGCUGGUGGACCUGGUAAAGGAAUGUACACACGACUCUACACGAAUGUCUUGAAUAGAUACCACUGGAUGUUCAACGCGACAGCCUACAACCACGCCUACGGCGAUACAGGCUUGUUUUGUGUACAUGCCGCUUCGCCUCCUAAUCGCAUAUAUGACACCACGCUCGUGAUAGCGCGGGAACUAGCAAACAUGGCCGGUAAAGUUGGCGAAAUUGAACUCAGAAGAGCCAAAACACAACUUCAGUCGAUGUUACUCAUGAACUUAGAGGCCCGACCAGUUGUAUUUGAAGAUGUUGGAAGACAGGUUUUGGCUACAGGAAAAAGGAAACCUCCCUCAUUUUUCAUCAAUGAAAUCGAUAAAAUCACAGCUGACGACAUUGUGAGAGUCGCACAACGAAUGCUGAGCGGCAGACCCGCGGUAGCCGGUCGCGGAAAACUUGCACAUCUUCCCACAUUCGAUGAAAUACAAUCAAAUAUGUCUCUGAACAAAAGGGAUGCUCCACCGCAAGGACGAAGGCUCAAUCUUUUCCGCGCCUAAUUCAUCCAAAACUUGUAGAAUCGGUUAUUUUCACUAAAAGUAAUUACCUAGUAUGCUUGUUAAAAAUAAAAACGUGUAUGUCCUA